GCGAAGAAGAAACCACUAAAACUGGCGGGUUGGCCAAAACAGCUGUGAAGUGUGAUCGGGGCUGGAGGAGUUGGUAUAGACAGCUGCAUUAUGGACGCUGGGGUGUCAUUGGGUCGGUUUGACAGUCAGUCGAAGCUGCUGGUCCAGGCCCUCCUCUGUGGAUCCUGUGGUCCCCGCAGAGCUCUUGAUGUCUUCCACAGACAGCAGCGGGCCAGUGAGAUGUCGCUGUGUAACUUCAUGGAAACACUUUGUCGAGACGAAGUGGACUGGAGACCGACUGAAGCUCAGCCUCUCACUGUGUAAGUUCAAUGACACAACCGGAGGGACUAAAUAACGACAGAGCUCAAGCAAAUCUAAAUCAGUGUAUAACAGGCAUACUCAUGUGGUUUGUGGUAGUCGCUCUCCUUUAAUAUAAAGGUCUAUAGCUACAUAAACAAAAAGAAAACCCACUUUUCGUUAAGGAAACGGAGACAGUGCUUAGACCUGGGCUAUAUGUGUAAAUAAAACAAAAAAUUGCAGCUGGACAAAUACAGCUGAAGUACUUAUACCAAUAUUCAAUCACUUCUUAUAACAUAAUACAAUUAAGAUGUUGAUAUAGGGGAGAAUGGGGUAUGAUGAGCAAUUUUUUAUAUUUCAGAUCACUACAUCAAGACAAUCAUAGUUUUGUCUCUAGUGAAUCUGCGUAUAUUUCAAGAUGUUGUGCAUCCCUGCAAACCAACAGAAUGGGUGUAAACAAAACUUUCUUGAUAAUAUAGCAUGCCAAAAAAAAGUGGUCUCCUAUGGUCAACUUACCCCGUGUAUGGGGUAAGUUGAGCCGUAUCCCUACUGCCCCCCUACUCUCCACCCCAGCCCUCCCUCACCUUAUGUCUUCCUUAAUAACAGUCACUUCUUCACAUUCAUGUGCAUUUUUAUCUAUUAUACGCUAUUCAACUGGUACAAUGAUUCAUUUUAUUAUUAUUGCAUAUAACUGCCAAAAAGCUGUUUUGUAAAAAGUCAUUUGAACAUGAGAAUGUCUUUAAGUGAUUCAGAACAUUCACAGCUGUAUUUUAAAAAGAAAAGGUAACACAUUUCAACAAUCUGAACUGAAACUCUGAUCCUCUCAUCAGACUCCUUUACUUUCUGAGUUCAGCCACUGGUUCAACUUACCCCAGAACUACCAUUAUGACUUUAUUAAUCCUCUAAACUAAAAUGUUGGACUUUUAUGCUAGGUUUUUGACCUCAUGUUGUAGCUCAUAGAUACCACAAUUGGUGUAUAAAACAAAUUUAAAAUGAUCUUUUUUGGUCUGAACACAAUUCUAAUAAAACUUAUGACAGACUAAAUUCACUUUCAAGAGUGAAAAAAGUUUUUUUUGGAAAUAAAUUUCUAACCCCUUCGCCCAUGUGCUUCUAACCUCCACAGACUCCAUGAAUUGAUGCCCAUCUCCUAAAUAUUUGGUCACAUGAUCAAUUUCUUUUACCAUUUACAAGCAACAGGGGGUGGCUCAACUUACCCCACCCUCCCCUACUUUUUAUUCCACUAGACUUGACAACUAUUGUCAUUAUCUUCUGUAAAGUUUUUGAAAUGUAACCAGGUCUUUCCUUUUUCAGUCGCCCCCUGGUGUGCCUGUUUCCAGCAUUUUUCAAACAGAACCUGCUGUCCUUCAUCCACCUGGUCCAACCAGUUCUUCCUCAAACCACUAUUCUUCACCUGCUCAAAUGCCUCAGCCAAGACCCUCACCCGAGCCCCUGGGUCUCUGCCCUGAUGAAACAGCUCAAGAGAAACACAGGAGUCCUCCGUGAAGAGCCUCUUUACACUCCACACAGCAGCCAAAGACUCAAAGAGCUCUCGCAGCGUUUGGUCGGUAGUGGUGACACUGGAGGAUGGACAAAGUGCUUCAAUGGCCAAACAUCUGAAUCUGGAUCUCAGAGGGCAUCUGGUUUAUUAAGGAGCGUGGCACAAAGAAAGAGGAAGAGCAGCGUUGCUUCUCUUGACUCAGACGGUGAUGAAACGGGGCAGCAGUGUAAACGUACAAAGAUUGAUGGCUGUGUAUAUGAGAGUCUUGAGAAUGAAGAAACAAGUCUGACAGAAGAGUUUUCAAGAAGAUCAGUGAGUGAUGCUCCUGCAGAUACCCCUGCCGAGAACAUGCAGCCAGAAGUAGACCAACCUUGUAAUGCUUUGCCCGAACAUAUAAAGGUAAAGACACUCAGCUGGUCUAUUUUUAACAAUCGUACCUUUAUGCUGAAGAGCAGACAAAAGUAAAGACAAAAGUUAUUGCAUGGUUUUAUCGGAGAAAAAACCUUUUGGUCACUUUUGUAUUCAUCCAGGUCUCUGUUCUUCACAUAAAAGAAUUAAUGGAAAGUCAAACAGAGGUGAGAGGAAAACUUUUGUAUUCUUCCUCUAUGUGUGGCACUUACAGAGUUGCAUUUAUCUGACUGUUACUGCUACUCCUAUUGUCCUUUUUGCAGUGGGAUCAGAGCUCCAUAGAUGGGUUCAAAGUGCUGAAUGAAUGUGACCUGAACCAGGUAGGCCCUCAUUAUUUAAAAGCUGAUCCAUACAUAUACAUUUUUCAAGCAUGAAUAGCAAUUAAAAGUGUUUGUAAUAUUUCAUCAACUACUUCUCUAUAGGUGGAAUUGUUAUGCAGCAUGCUGAGUUUUCCCGACGUACCAGAAAAAACUCUGCCCAAACUGUGCAGCAGUAUUUUGGCCCCCUCGCUUAACAUCAGCUUCAGCGCAGCAGUGAUACUCAUCAGGAGCCUCCUGUUGAAGAAGGUACAUCUCUCAACAUGCAAAGGAUGCAACACAUGUUGCUACGUUAAUUGCCAACAAAAUGUAAUUUUUCUUUAUCUGCAGGUGCUGUCCUUGACUGAGCCAGCCUCCAGAUGUCUAGUCAGUGCAGUGACAUCACUGUGCAGCCUCUGUCCCAGAUCAAUGUGUCACGCUUUAAUUGAACCAGUUCUGCAGGAUAUGAACAUAGGUGAAAAACAGCUGUUAUUAUUGACUGUAUAUAAAGAUUGAUUAUGCAUCUCUAGCUCCUCUUGCUGCACAAAAUAUGUGACGAAAUACCUUGGCUGGUUGAGCCUCAAUGUUAAUCUCCUGCCUCUUCUGCCAACACAAAAAGAACAACAUAAUUUGCAGUCCUCUUUGUCGAGAAUGUCACUUGAUUUUAAAGUCUGUGAAGGAGGUGAGGUUCAUGACCUACACUGCUGCCAAUCAGUAAGAGGAACUACAUGAACUUUUAACUCACUUUGGUUGAGCUUCCCUGCCUGCCAUUUUAAACACAAAAAUAUGGAUGUAAUCAAUUAUUUAAACUGCUUGUUACAGUAAAAACAGAGCAGCAGCAGCUCUGGAGCUUUUAUGGAUCUGGUGGUUUUAUUGAUCACAAAGAAAACUGAUAUUAUGAAGGGCUAAGCAUUGACCUCCUUUUCCUCUCCUUCCUCGUAUCCAUUAAUCCUCUGUUAUAUUGUCUUGCUUUCAGGGAAUCCACAGGCUGAGCUGCUAAACAGACUGACAAAAGACUGUAUGGAUUCCCAUUACAAACUGCUGGUGCUUCAGUAAGAUAAAAUACAUUCAUUCUCUGUAUACCUGAUGCAGUCAAAGAUGCAAGACCUCAUAUCUGACUGUCACUUAUUAUUCAUUGAUCUAGUUUUUAUUCUUCCUCCCAGAAUGACCCUCAAAAUAGCGUGGAAUGAGGCAGUGCUCUCUGUUAUCCACAGCUUGCUAGACUCAAAGGUAAUCUGUAUGUUCCCUUAUUGGUAGGAUGCUGAAGGAUCAUUUUUUCAUUGUUAUCACUGUUAUUAAUUUUUCCUUUUUUCAGCUUGACUUGAGUGAAGAAGUAUUCACACAGUUCACGGAACAGCUUGUCAGCCAGGGUCCACAGUUUGCAAAGUCUGUAAAGUUUGCAAAAAUGAUGCUGACAGUCCUCACCAAAUAUAGCAGUCAGGUAAGUUUUCUUAUUUUUCUUGUGCAUUAUCUUUGGGGAUGAAAUGUGAUUUUAAAUUAUGUUGUUCUUUUUUUUUUUGUACAGGUGACUGCUGCACAUAAACACUCCCUGUCUGGUUGCUUGAUAUUGAAUGAGACCUUCCUGAAAAAACCUCUUCAGGCAGCUUUGAAACGAAUCACAGACUCAUAAUACCUGUGCUUUUGUGACUUUGGUUCACAGGAGACUCUGGUUAAGAAGAUAAGCCUAUUCUGCCAUAAUCUUUAUGGUACAUGUUGUGUUUGUGUAGGUGCUGUCAAUGCUGAAUAAACAUUUUGAACAAUAAAACCUUGCAAUGGUGAACACU